GCCACGAGGUGAAAAAAGGAAGUAUAAAAAGGGGUGUGGCCAACCAACAGUUUGCUUUUGCAACAUCUGGACUGUUGGACGUUGAGACCUGAAACUGACGCACAGCCUUUUCAGCAUGGUGACUAAGGGAGUCUGGAAAGGAAGUGCAGUAUUACUGUUCCUCUUCUUCAAAGCAUGUGCUGGUAGAAAUGAUUCACACUCGCUGGAUGUCCAACCUUCUUCACCACCUUCUGUCACCACAAAUCUUACAUCAGCUGUGACAGAUGGAGUGAAACCAACCCGACUUGGUAUGAGUGCAUCGCCCCUUGAUGCUCAGCACACUAAUGAGACAACUGCAAACGCUACAAUCACUGGUUCAGUGAGAUCCUUGAACUCGGACAACGACAGAAACAAUUCCAAUGCCAGAAUGGAAACAACGCUAGCUCCGCCGACCAGCAAUUUAACAACGAUCAGCCUCACUCCAACACGGAGAGAUCCUAAAAAAACUCAGCCUGGGGAAAUUAAAUGGGAUGCAAAAUGGAAUGAGCCCUUCGAAUAUGAUUAUAGCUCUCUGAGGCAUGCAGGACUGACUAUAGCUGCUGUACUCUUCAUUUUGGGCAUCAUGGUGAUUACAUGUGGCAAAAUGAGAUGUAGCCGCCGUUGUCGCAUGAGCAAAGGAAGAUCAUAUGAGGUGACCAGAAUGUAACUCAGACCGAAAAGUUCCAACUGGUGAGCAGCAGCCUGGGACAGCCAUCCAGUCAGCCCUGUUCUCACUGCAUGCUGUGUGUGUGAGAGUUCGUGUGUGUGUAUGUGCACAUGUGUGUAAUUUAUACAUGAUAAUUAUAAAUAAGACAUGAAGGAGAGAUUUUCUGCCUAUCCCCAGUGUUUGUGGUAUGCUUUGUGUACCUGUGCAUGUGUAUAUUUGCACAAUGUAAACCUGACCUCCUGGUUUAUAACAAAAGUAUUGGAGGGGAAUGGGGCAUGUGCUGUCACGCUGCACCAAAGGGCAUCCACUCCCUUCCAGACAAACCACACACACCUCUGACUAACACAUCUCUGACACAUACACAUCACUGAAUGUCUGACUCUGUCUGCUCUCUGUACUGUCACACUUUUUACACUGCUUCAUGUCUCUGUUUCCUUCUAUAACACACUGAGUUUAUCACCCUUAGUAACGGAGGAAAAAAGGCUUUUGUAGCUCAAAAGUGCCCUCAAGAGGCCUAAAAUUAGUUUUGGCACAAACCCAAUAAGUUUGCGGUGUCAAAGAAGGAAAUAAAGCUAUUUUAUAUGGAUGAGGUAA